AUUAGUGUGCCAUUAGUGUGUUUGAGCUAGUGGUUGCCAAGUUGGUAUUUUGAUUCUUCGAGGAGAUGUCUCCUCGUUAUUUACAAUGUCACUCGUAUAUACGACUCCUAUAUCCUGGUAGAAGUAGGACUCCAUUCCCCAGCCACCCGCGCGGAUCGGUCGCUAAGCCGCCGAGAGACAUGGCGCCCGCGACACAAAUGGCAGCUCCACCACCACGCGCUCGCGGCGGCAGCUUCCGCGUCCUGCGCACCGCCCGCGUCGCGCCGUCGUCGCCCGACGGUGUCCCCAUGUUGGUCGAGCGCGCCGUCCCGCUUACCUUCCUGGACGCGAUCUGGCUCCCGACCCCGCCCGUCGACCGGGUCUUCUUCUAUCGCCUCGGCGCCGACGACGACGGCGUCGACGCCGUCCUGUCCCGGCUGGCUGACUCGCUGUCCCGGGCGCUCCACGUCGUCUACCCGCUCGCCGGCCGCCUCCGCCUCACGCCGGGCAAGACCAACCGGUACGAGCUCUUCUACCAGCCAGGCGACGCCGUCGCCUUCACCUUCGCCGAGCACGACGACGGCGUCGGUGUCGACGAGCUGGCCGCGGACGACCCGAGGGAGGUCGCCAAGAUCGCCCCGCUCGUGCCGGAGCUCCCGGAUGGCGGCGCGGUGCUGGCCGUGCAGGCUACCGUGCUGCCCCCCGCGCGCCGCGGCCUCGCCCUCGGCGUCACCGUGCACCACGCCGCCUGCGACGGCUCGAGCUCCACGCACUUCCUCCACACCUGGGCCGCCGCCUGCGCCGGCGCCGCGGUGCUGCCGAAGCCGCCCGUCAUCGACCGCACGUUCAUCCGCGAACGUGAAGACCUCUAUGACUACAUGGUCAGUCGAACGGAGGAGUCUGACAAGUUCAGGUCGCCCGACGUCGCCGACAGCAAGCUCCUCGCCACUUUCACGCUGUCAGGAGAGAUCCUUCAGAGCAUCAAGGACAGAGUCGCCGGCGUGGCGGCGCGGCGCGGCAAGUCGCCGCCUCCUCGGUGCACGUCCGUCGUUGCGACGUUCGCCAUCGUAUGGCAAUGCCACAUCCGAGCCGCACUAGGCGACGUCGAAGCAGAUAAUAAGCACCAUGGCCGUGCCCACUUCAUCUUCCCCACCGAUCACCGGGCGCGGAUGGAACCCCGCGUCCCCGACAAGUACCUCGGCAACUGCGUCGGGCCAUGCUUCGCCUCGGCGCCCAAGGAGGAGAUCGCCGCCGCCGACGCGGAGGACGGCCUCUACACGACCUGCGCCGCGAUCGCCGCCGCCGUGGACGAAGGAACGAGAUACGAUCCGGACUACUGGAAGAGGUGCAUGGAACACGUUGGAGGGAUGAGCGCGAGCGACGGUCCGCCGUUAGCGGUGGCCGGGUCGCCGAGGUUCCGCGUGUACGACGUGGACUUCGGGUUCGGGAGGCCGGCGAAGGUGGACGUCGUGUCCGUGGCGAAGACCGGGGCGAUCUCGGUGGCGGAGGGCCGCCGCGGCGGCAUUGAGGUGGGCGUCGGUUUGCCGCCGGAGCGGAUGGAGAGGUUCCGGAGGUGCUUCGCUGAUGCCGUCGCGUGGCUAUCGUCGCCGUCUCGUCCAGUGACACGUGACAUGGAUCGAUCAGCUCCGGGCCACUCCCCGGCGUAGGCGGCGGCGGCAGGCAGGCAGGCAGGCAGGCACGUGUCGCUUGGCUUCCACUCGCUGGGCUUCCGUGGGAUUCGAUGGGCUGGUUCCCCGUACCCUUAUUUUUUUUCUUGGAAAAUACCGUAGCAUUGUACCGACAGGGUGUGUUCGCUAAGUUGCCAGCGUGGAACAGUCUGCAUGGUAUGCAUGGUAAACAGAGGUAUUAGCGUGUGAUUAAUUAAGUAUUAUUUUUUUAAAAAA